GUAGCUUAGACUCUACCUACAAGACAACAUCCAUUAUAUAUAUCUUUCACCAACCCGAAUGUUUUUUUUUUUCCCAAUAUAAUAUUUAUAUAUGUAUAUAUAUAUUUAUAAUAUAUAUAUAUACAUUUAACAAGCACACUAAUUGUUUAAUUAAUUAAAUAAAAAUUAUUCAAAUUUUUGUAACAAAAAAAGUUACAAAACCAUCAAAAAUAUUUACGAAAAAAAAAAAAAGGAUUUGAAAAUUUCUGAGUUUUUUUUUUUUAAGUGUUUAUUUUUUGUCGGGUUGGAACGAUAUUUAUUAAAAAUAAUAAAGUGAUAAUUAUAUUUUAAUAAAAAAUAGUUAUAAGAAAGGAAAAGUGAUUUUUUUUUUUUGUUAUUUUGUAUAGAAAAAAAAAAAAAGAAGAGUUAAUUGUGAUUUUGUUUUUUUCUGUCGGUUAAAAGUGAAUUGUUUUUUGUCGUUUAAUUUUUCAUCUAAAAAAAGUCAUUUGAAGAGGAUUAUUUUGGAGUUGCAAAAGGAAUAUAAGACACACCCUUGGACGAAGGCAUCCUCGUAUCUUUCCUGCCUUAUCGCCCGAUAUCAGCAGCAUCCUCCUAGGGGCGAUCAUCGCGCCACGAGUUACUCUCUCUCUCUCUUGCGCACACACACACUCACCGCUUAAAAGUCAAAAUUAAAAAUAAAAAAUAAAUGACAAAUAAUAAAUAUUAUUAAUUUUUUUAAAUAACAACAAGCAAUUGUGUUUAUUAAAGCUUGAACUCUAAAAAAAAGAAGAAAAAAAAAAACAAAAAAUAUUUUUUUUAAGAUAAAAAAUAAUAUUAAAGAAUAAAAAAAUAUUCAAAAUUUGUGAAGUGAGAGCCAAGGUGUGCCCAUCAGUGAUAAGCCGACAUUUGGCUUUUCAAGAUAAUCAUAAAAAAAAAAAAAGUUGAUGUAAUAAUUAUUAUUAUUUUUAUCAAAUUGUGAUUUUUUUUUUUUUUUUUUUUUGUUUAUUUGAUUAUUUAUUUUUGUUGGUGGAUAUAUAACAUCUGGAAGAUUAUCAAAGUGAUUUGAAUUAAGUGUUUGGUGUGAUAAUAAAUAUAUUUUUAUAAUUUAUUUAUUUUUUUUUUAUAAAAAAAAGUAUAAUAUUUAACUAGCAAACUGGCAACGAUGUCGGUCAGAAUGGAGAAUGUUGGGGGACCGCGGAAGCUAAACUACAAAAUGAUGGGUACAAAUGGACCUAGACCAACAUAUACUGGUGCAAAUAAUGGUAAUGCUGGUGGUAAUGCUGGUGGUGGUGGUAUUGGUGUUGGACCAACAACUGGUGGACAUGGUUUAAAAGGUGCUGGACCACGUGGUGGUAAUCCAGUACAAUAUCGUGCAAGUGGUGGUGCUGGUACAUGGGGUGCUGCACCAUCACAUGUUGCUGCUGCCGCGGCCGCUGCUGCUGCUGCUGCUGCUGUUGCAUAUCCACAAUAUACAAGAUAUCCAAAUGCUGCUAAUGCAGGACAAAUGCCUGGUCAACAAUUACCACCAACUGCAAAUCCAUAUGCAGCAACAGCUUAUGCUCAACAUACAACGUAUGGAGGACAACGAGUACCAACAGCAUCAUCACCAGCAAAUACAAAUAGCAGCUCAAGCAGUGCAACUGGUAGUCAAAGUGGUACAAUGAGUACAAAUUUGAGUAAUAAUGCUGUACAAGGACAACAAUCAGAACAAUUGUCUAAAACAAAUCUUUAUAUACGUGGUUUAAGCCAAAAUACAACAGACAAAGAUCUUGUUAAUAUGUGCUCAGCGUAUGGAACAAUCACAUCUACCAAGGCCAUCCUGGACAAAAAUACAAAUAAAUGUAGAGGCUAUGGAUUUGUCGACUUUGAAUCACCGGUGGCGGCUGAGGGUGCUGUUAAAGCACUGGUCGCCAAGGGCAUCCAAGCACAGAUGGCGAAAGUGGGUAUCUGGUUGCAUCGUAGACUGGCCAGUGUACGUUGGUUGUGCAUGCAACAACAGGAGCAGGAUCCAACCAAUCUUUACAUUGCAAAUUUGCCAUUGAAUUUUAAGGAGAAUGAUGUUGAGGGUUUACUUGCUCAACAUGGUCAAGUUAUUUCAACAAGAAUAUUACGUGAUACUUGUGGACAAAGUAAAGGUGUUGGUUUUGCAAGAAUGGAAUCUAAAGAAAAAUGUGAACAAAUAAUACAAAUGUUUAAUGGAAAAGUUCUUCAAGGUAGUAAAGAUGCACUGUUGGUUAAAUUUGCUGAUGGCGGAAAUAAAAAAAAACCAUAUAAAAGUUCAUUAUGGCGUGAAGCUGGCGAUAACAUGACAUUGAAUUAUGAUACAUCUGGAGUUGGACAAAAUGGUGUUCCAACAGCUCACAUGUUACCAGCAGCAACAUUGGCACAAUACAGUCGUCAUUAUGGUCAAGCAGUACCUGGUUAUACUGUACCAGGUGCACCAUGGGUAACACCAUAUGUUUUACAAACUGGACCACCACAUAUGCAACAGGUCGACAUGAUGCCAACGGGUGAUCCAAAUAAUCCACAGUACAGUAUGCUACCACAAUUAGCAACUCAAAUGUCAGCACUUCAUCUUGGUAAUGCAUCAUUACAGUAUAUUGCUGCAAGUCCACAUCCAUAUUCUUACACAACUUAUCCACCACCAAGUAUAAUUCACACAAUGCCAAUUGGUGAUUCUGAACAAACUAGCAAUGCUGCAUCUCCAGAUGAUUCUUAUCAACAGUAUCAGGCACAACAACCAAAAUAGACAACUGUUUUUUAGAUAUGAUUAUGUCGAGAACAAAAUUAUACAAGUUUAGAAAAACAUAAAAUUAAUAUACAACGGCAAAAUUGAUUAUAAAAAUACACACGACAAGAAGAAAAAAAUAAAUUAAAAAUUUUUUCUAUUAAAAUUUCAUGAAAAUUGUUGCCGAAAUAAUCAAGAGGCUAUUCUUUUUCAACUUAUUGUCGUUAAUUUUUAUUUUUUAUUAUUAUUAUUAUUUGUUUGUUUUUUUUUUUUUUUUCGUUUGACGAAUUUUUAUUUAUAAUUGAAGGAAUGGUAAUAAAAAAAAAAGAGAUAUAAAAUUAUAUCAGAUGAAUAAUUAAAAAGAGGAAAAAAAAAAAAAUUGAUUUGCCAUUUUUUAUACAAGAAAAUGAAAAUGAGAGAAAAUAAAAAAAUUAUUAAAAUAAAUAAAAUGAAAAAAAAAAAUGUAAAAGUAGUUAUUUUGCAACGAGUAGAUGACAGAUUUUAAAAAAAUGAUAGUCUUAAAAGUUGACUCCUCAAAAACCCAAAAAUAAAAAUAAUAAGUCAGCUGUAUGAUGACGAUAGGCUUCCAGGAUAUAAAUUUAGAUAUUUACAACUUUGCUAAAAAAUGGAAAACGCAAAAAAAAAAAAUUAAAAAAAAAAAGUUUUAUUAAAGAAAAAGAAAAAAAAAUUGUGAAAAAGAAUGAAUGAAAAUUAAUUGAGAAUAAAUGUGAAUAAAAUAUUUUGAUGAAAAUAAAGAAAAAAUAAAAUAAUCAGAUAAUGUUGAUUUUAUUUAAAAAUUAAAUAAUAACAAAAUAAUAAAUAAUUGACAAAAAAAAAAAAUGAAAAAGAUCAGAACAAUUUCAAUAAAUUGAAUUCUUCCCGAGACACAUUUAGGAUAACGAGUCAAAUUUGCAAUAAAUAUUUAUUAUUAUUUUUUUAUUUGCUCAUUUGGCUCGUUUAUAUUUCUAUUGUUUUUAUAAUUAUUUUUUUUUUAAAUUUUCUUUUAACCUAGUGAUUGAGACAGAGGGUGCAUAGUUUAUUUUUUUUUAUGUAAAAAAAUUCUAGAAAUAAAACUGGUAAAUAAAAAAAAAAUUUAGCUUGACAAUGUUUAUAAAUAAUAAAUUGAAAAAAAAAAAUUAUAAAUAAAAUACAAUAAUUUAAUUUAAUUAUUAUUUAUAUUCAUUUUAGAUUAUUUUUAAAAAAUUUUACUAAAUUUUUUCUUUGUCAUUUUCUAGUAAUUUUUAUAAAAAAAAAAAAUAAUUAAUUUCUUUAAUAGAAUUAUUUUUUUCAUGCCAUUCUACAUUAAGUUUAUUUUUAUAUUUUUUCAAUUAAAAAAUUCAAACGAUAAUAAUAAUUACAAUUUUUAAAAAUAUAAAAUAAAAAAAAUGAAAAUUCGAAACUGACAUGGAAAAGGCUUCGACGUGGAUUUAUCCAAAAAAAAAAAAAAAAAGGGCAUUGUAUUUACUGCACUAUGAAAAAAAGAAAUAUUAAUAAUAAAAAGUAUCAAUUAAUAAUAAUAAUAUUAUAUAAAAAAUAUAAAAAGAAUCGAAAAAUGCCAAGUGAAAAUGAGAGGAAAAAGAUGUUAAAAGAUGAAAAAGAAAAUAAACUUGAAAUAUCAUUUUAAAUUGUACAGCAAAGGUGAAAAUAAUAAUAGAAAUAAUAAUAACAACACAUAUUUUUUUUAUAAUCGUGCCUUUUUCAGAUACAAAAAUCCGCUUAGACAAUUGUGAGGUAAAAAUGAUGAAAAAAAUUUAAAUAAAAAAUAAAAAAGUGUUUACGAAAAUAAAUGAAAAAUCAAUAUAUAUUUUUUAAUGUGAUUAACACAAAACACUUUUCGAUAUAUCAACAUUUUUAGCUGCGAAAAAAAUAAAAAAAAAUAAAAAUUUCAAAUUCGCAUUAUUAGUUUAUACAUAUUUAAUUUACAAUUGUUUAUUUAUUUUUUAAAAUGAUAUAUAUUUUAAAUAAUUAUUUAAAAAAAUAAUUAAUCGUGACAACGUAGAUUUUUUACGCUGUAGAUUUUAUCACUUGAAAAAUAAAUAAAAAAUUUCAAUUUAAAUAGAAAAAAAAAUGAAAUGGAAGAAUGAUAUUUACGUGGAUUUUUCUAAUGAUUAGAAAAAGAUAAAAAAAUAAUAAUUAGAAAUAUCAAAUUAUAAAAUUAUUGAAGAAAAAAAAUAAUUUAAAAAAAAAAAAAAUAUGUGUGAUGAGGCUUAGCUAGGCUGUUAACUAAUUAAAAAUCCAUACAAUCAACAAAAAAAUAUUUUUUUUAUUUUUCUUUUUUCGACUCUCAUGAGCUCUUAAUCCUCCUCUUCCUUCUCGAUUCCGUAUAAAUACAAAAAAAUAAUUAAUUCAAACACUGAUGACAAAUAAAAAAAAGAGCCCAAAAUAUUAUAUCAAAUCCAGCCGAGGUAUUUCCAGUUCUGAUCGACAAAAAAACAUUAAUAUCAAGCAAAAAUUAAAGAGAAAUAAAUUUUAAAAAAAUUGAAGCUUUUUACCAAAUAAAAAAUAUAAAAAAUACAAGUUCGAGAAUAAAAGUGUGAUUGUAAAUUUGCAUGAGUGUAAUAAAAAAAAUAAAUGAAAAAUUUAAUUAAACAACUAGUAAGGAUAAAAGAAAAAAAAUAGUUAGGAUAGUUUUUUGAAUGAUGACGGAGAAGAAAUUGAUUUAAGAAAAAAAAAAACGUAGCUAUUAACAAAAAAUGAUGAAAUAUUAUUAAAAGAUGUUUGAAGAAGAGAUAAAAUAUGAGGAUUAAAAAAAUUGAAUUUUAAUAAAAAAUGACAAUGAACGUGUCGUAAUAACGUAUGAAAGAUUUUUACACUGUUGAAACUUGAAGUUUAAUUUAUUUUGGUACAUCACAAUUUGAUGAACGACUGUAAUUUUUCUUGUGUAAAUGUUAUAUAUAUAUAUACUUGGUCUUUGUGUGUCGAAUAAAAAAAACAAUGAUCAAUCCAGCAAAAAAAAAUGAUCGAUAAAAACAACAUCAUAGACAAACGAAUACAUAAAAUGAAAAAUAAAAAAUUUAACUAUAUUUUAAGAUACUGAUUACUCGAUACGAGUGUGCUAGAAAAAAAAAAAAAAAUACAAUGAAAAUAAAGAAGUAAAAAAAUAGUGGAGUCAAAAAAAAAAAAACAAUUAAACGACUGGCUGUCUUUUUUCUAAUGAAAAUAAAAAAUUAAAUUAAACAAAUAAAUUAACCAGCCUUUUGAAUGGUUUUUUUUUUUUUUUCCUUUUUUUUUCUCUUCAAAAAUCAGAUGAUAUAUGAAAAAAUAAAACGUGUCACGUAUAGAAAAAAAAUAAUAGAAAAAAAAUAUAGAAAAUACUAGAUGAUUGUAAAUUCACAUGUGAUUGAAUAAUAAUUUUUACAAAAAUUGAUUUUCUAGAGAAAAAAAUAAUAUAAAAUUAUAAAAUAUUACGACGACCAAAUAUUUGAAAAAUAAAAACUUCGGCUGGUAAUUAAAAAAUAUACAGAAAUCAAUUGAGGAUGCGCUUAGAAUUGUGAAAAUAAAAAAUGUUUUUUUUUUUCAAUAACAGUGAUUUAUUGUACAGAAAAUAAUAAAAAUGAUGAAUUUUUUCGAAGUAGUUAGGACUCUAGGAUAGCGUGAUGAAAAAAAAAAAAACUAAAAAGAAAUGAAAAAAAAAAAACAAAAAAAAUCGUUUAAUUUAAGUUGAUUAAAAUAAGAGCUAUCAAUUAAGUUAAUUAUAAAUAAAAAAAAAAAAAUUAGAAAUUAGUUAGGAUAGAAACUGUCUCCUUAGAAAAAAAUAAAAUCAAGUCUUCUAAAAAUCACGAGAUAUUUUGUUUUAGAAACUGAAAUGAAGACUUGAAUCGAAAAAAAAAAAAUAAUUGCUCUCAAGUUGAUUGACAA